CAAUUUCUUGCCAACCAACAACAACACAACAAAAAUCACAACAAAGCUAGCUAGACGUUACUAACGAUGAAAUUUGGAAUCUUUGCAGCCGCCUUUCUACCACUUGCAGUAGUGGCCAAUCAUCCUUACCACUACCAAGAACCGGGUCCCAAUGACAAGCGUUCUCCCUGUCCAGCGUUGAACACGUUGGCCAACAAUGGGAUUCUCCCUCACGAUGGUGCGGGCUUGAAUUCGACCAUGGUGGAGGAUGCUCUCUGGAAACAAUUCGGAGUUCAACCCGGAAUUGUUCAGAUCAGUCUGUUCUUGGCGAGCUUGGAUGGUUUGAACCCCGACAGCUUUAGCCUGGACCAGUUGCAGGUGACAGGCUUGCCACCAAGCGCUAGCAUGUUUUACGACGAUGCCACCAAUGAAUUUGACGAGGACAAGUUGGAUCGUCUGAUCAAGCCAUUGUACCAUGCGGGCAAGACGACUGUGACCACCAAGGAUAUGAUGCGACAUGCCGUGUACGAACUGGUGACGAGGAAACGCUGUGAUGGGACGUUUACGUUUGAAGAUUUCGAGGGUAGUCUUCUUGGCAACAUGGCCAACUUUUGCUUUCUCUUUUUGUUUGCGGGAGGCCAAGGCACUUGGUUUGAUACCAAGACGGAUGCGAAUGGAGAAACGUACAAGGAGGUGCCUAUUCAUGCCUUGAAGGAGUUUAUGGAAGAGGAGAAGUUUCCUGGUCACUUUGUCCCCCGUGACAACACUGUGGGCAGUAAUACCAUUGGGGACAUGUGGGGUCCGCUUGCCGACCCCGUGACCACAAUGAUUCCGCCCGUCGCCGCCAUGGCGUCGACUUUGAGUGUGGAGCCGUUUUGGCAGGAGAAAGUGCUGGAGUUGUAUGGAAUGCUCACAACGGAGAUGACUGCUGCAAACUUUACUUGUCUUCCAUCUGGCAGCGCUACCGGUAGCAGCAGUGCCGAUGGGCCUGCCAGCAAUAGUACCAGUGUCGAUGGGCCUGCCAGCAAUAGCACCAGUGCAUCUGCCAGCAAUAGCAACAGCAACAGCAAUAGCAACAGCAACAGUGCAGAUGAGUAGGCUCGGUACUUGUUGCCUGCUAUAGCUAGCACUGGAGCCAGCCAUGCAUCGAUGGAAGCGUGACACCUGCCCUUUUCAAAAUGAACUGUGAAAUGAACACAAACCACGAUGAAAGAGACGGUGUAGAGCCAAAGUUGAGUUUGCCUCGCCUGAAUGAAUUGUCGUCUGGCAACCUAAUAUGCACGUAUACUUACUUGUAUAGAAAGAAACCAAGAUAGAUACUGAAGUUUGCAUCAUGAUGCUACUUGUAAUAGCAACCUUUGAAUUUU